CACUCUGGUGGCCUAAAAUUAGUUAAGAAAUGUUGAUUCCCAUGUUCCUUCUGUUUUUAUUUAUUCUAGUAAAAUAUUUCUAUUAUCAACUUCAUUUCUUUUCUAUAUAUAUCCACACCAAUUGCAUUGCUUCCCAUUUCACUUCCCCAUCUCCAUCCCCAAAACAACAAACCCUCCUCUCUCAUUGACAUCACCUCUUUCUGCAACAACAAUGGAAGUUAAAGAACUAGACCCUUGUCUCUCUUCUCCUCCUUUCUCCUCUUCUAGCCGGUGGUGGUCAAAAGAUACUAUAGCCAUAGUAACCGGAGCAAACAAAGGGAUUGGGUUUGCGCUAGUGAAGCAAUUUUCAGGGUUAGGACUUACAGUGAUUUUAACAGCUAGAGAUGUGGAGAAAGGAUAUAAGGCUAUUGAGAAGCUAAGAAGAAGCCAUGGCGGUGAUGAUCUAAAUGUGCACUUGUAUCGCCUUGAUGUAUCGGAUUCUGCUUCCAUUAAAGCCUUCGUUUUGCAGUUUAAGAAAGAUUUUGGAGUCGUGGAUAUUCUUGUGAAUAAUGCUGCUGUAUCAUUCAAUGGCAUCCAUGACAACACAGUAGAUCAUGCAGAGACUGUGAUAAAAACCAAUUACUAUGGAGCUAAAUUGCUGAUUGAGUCACUUUUGCCAAUUUUUCGUCGAUCAAAUUCUAUUAGUCGAAUCCUUAAUAUGAGCUCCAGACUCGGUUCUAUCAAUAAGAUGAGAAACCCUAACAUGAAAAAGAUGCUACUGAGUGAAAAUUUAUCAGAGCAGCAAAUUGAAGGAAUGGUAAGUUUAUUUCUUGAAAAUGUAAAGAACGGGACAUGGGAAAGUCAGGGUUGGCCACGAACAUGGACGGACUAUGCAGUAUCAAAGCUAGCACUAAAUGCAUAUUCUAGGGUUUUGGCAAGACAAUACAAAGAUUGUGAUUUAAGUAUCAAUUGUUUCUGCCCGGGCUUUACUCAGACGUCUAUGACCAGAGGUAAAGGCACUCACACAGCCGAUGCAGCCGCCGAAGUUGGUGCCCGGUUGGCUUUGCUUCCUCCUCAAGAAGUACCCACCGGCAGGUUUUAUGUAGGGUUUGUCCCUCCCAGUAUUGUUUCUAGAUUGUAACAAAAUUAAUUAAUUUUUUAUGAGAAUUACAUGAUUCCUUGUUUAGAGAAAAUGGCUUAUAAGUAUUAUGUUAAUUAAAUACUUAGAAGCAUUGAUUUUA